CACUCUAGCUAGCUCCACACUCUCUACUUUACUCUCUUCAGAACACUCCCAUUUCCCAAUCUUCCUAUCCCAUAUUCUCUUACCAUUCAUUUCCCUCUCACUUUCUCCCUCCACCCCAAUCACAACCACAACCACAACCACAAUGCAAACUCUCCUCUAUGGAGCAUUGCUCCUCCUCCUCCUCACAUUCUCCCCCACCACCACCAAUGCUCACAACAUCACCAAAAUCCUAGCCAAAUUCCCUGAAUUUUCCACCUUCAACCACUACCUCACCACCACCCACCUUGCCCCCGAGAUCAACACCCGUGAAACCAUCACCGUCCUCGCCGUCGAUAAUGGCGCCAUGAACGCUCUCCUCGCCAAACACCUCCCCAUUCCCUCCCUCAAAAAUGUACUGUCCCUCCAUGUCCUCCUUGAUUACUUUGGUGCCAAGAAACUCCACCAAAUCACCGACGGCACCGCCCUUGCCGCUACAAUGUACCAAGCUACCGGCUCCGCCCCUGGAACCUCCGGAUUCGUCAAUAUUACUGACUUAAAAGGCGGUAAAGUCGGCUUUGCAGCUACAAAAGACGCCGACGACGACGGCACUCUUAGCUUAGAUGCUAGCUUUGUUAAAUCAGUCAAAGAAAUUCCUUACAACAUUUCCAUCAUCCAAAUCAGUCAUGUUUUGUCAAACCCCGACGCCAUGGCCCCCUCCCCGGCACCGGAGGCAGAGAACAUUACCGACAUUAUGUCAGCUCACGGCUGUAAAGCCUUCGCCGACACACUCAAUUCAUUCCCCGAUACACUCGCCGUUUACACCACCAACGCUGAGGGCGGUUUGACCGUCUUCUGCCCCACCGACGACGCGUUCAAGAGCUUCCUCCCCAAGUUCAAAAACCUAACUAAAGACGAGAAGAACUCUCUGCUCCUCUUCCAUGGAGUUCCGAUCUACUAUUCCAUGGCGAUGCUCAAAUCAAGCAACGGAUUGAUGAACACUCUGGCCACCGACGGUAAGAAGAAGUUCGAUUUCACAGUCCAGAAUGAAGGUCAGACGGUCACAUUGAAGACUAAGAUUUUGACCACUAAAGUCACCGGAACCCUAUAUGACGAAGAGCCGGUCGCAAUUUACACCAUCGAUAAGGUGUUGAAGCCGAAGGAGAUCUUCAAGAAGGCAGAGAUUUCUCCAGCUCCGGCGCCGGCACCGGAGGCUGAAGCACCGAAGUCGUCGAAGAAGAAGAACCACCAUAAGUCUCCACCAGCACCUCCAACUGACGACUCAUCUGACUCACCGGCUGAUUCUCCGGCAGAUGGGCCAUCGGACGACUCAGACGCUGCGGAUGACUCGAGUUAUGGAGGAGAGAGAGUGAAGGGGUUGUCGAUGUUGAUUGUGUCGGUGGGUUUUUGGGUGAUGGUUUCUAUGUUGGUAUAGAAAGGAUGAAACGAGCCGUUGCGUUGAGGUAAAAGUAAAAUGCGGAAAUAAUUAAUUUGGGUUUGUUUUACAAAAAAAGAAAAUUAAAAAUUGAAUUAUGAAUUUAUUGUGUGCCCAAAUUAUUGUCCUGUAAUUUUUUGAUAAUUUCUUUUUUUUUUAGGUUUUUGUGUGCUCAAAUUAUUUAUGUUGUUUUUUGUGUGUGAUUUUUUAUUUAUUUUUGGGGGGUUAGGAAUUUGAUGUUGUUUCUUACUUUUGAUUGAUUGUAAUUUGUGUUUAAGAAAUUGGUAGACACACAUAAUUGAAGAUAAUUUAUGGUGAUAUGGGUUAAUUUAUUAACGUGUUUAUUUUCUA